GUCUAUGUGGAAGCAAUUCGCACUCCGCCUCUAUAAAACCCUUGUUGACGCUUCAAAACCCUAGCAAUCGAGGGCUCGCUUGCGCCACCGGGUUCCUCUUACUCGUCUUCUUCCCUUACGAGUUUCUCUUUUUCUAAGCAUCUGAGAUGGGCAAGUCAAGCAAGAAAACCAAUGUUGAGGUUGCACCAGCCGUUCCAGCGGUAUCUGCAAAGCCUGGUAAAAAAGGCAAGAGGGAUGCUGAAGUGACCUUAGAGAAAGAAGGAAGUGCAAAGAAGCAGAAGAAAGAAAUUGAGAAUGCUGUUCCAAAGGGGGACAUCAGGAACCUUAAGAAGGCUCUUAAGAAUGCCCCAUUGAAAAAGAAACCAGAAACAAGCAGUUCAGAAGAUGAUUCCUCAUCUGACUCUGAAGAAGUUAAAGUUCCUCCAAAGAAGCAGAGUAAAUUGGCAAAAUCUCUGAAAAAAAAGUCAAGUAGUAGUGAAGAAUCUUCUUCGGAUGAUGAACCUGUGAAGACAGUUCCCGCUUCAGAUAAAAAAGCUGCAGUUGCCACUAAGAAUGGUUCGUUUGCUGCUGUAACCAAAAAAGGAAAAGAAAGCAGCAGCUCUGAAAGUGAUUCUGAUGAGGAUGAAGAUGACUCUGAUGAGAGUGAUGUUGCGCCACAACUGAAGAAGUCGAAAAUUAUGGAUUCUGUCCCAUCUGCAAAAACCAAACCUGUUGCUAAGAUUGUCAAAAAAGAGAGCAGCAGUAGUGAGGAAGAUGAGGAUGAUAGCUCUGAAGAAAGUUCAGAUGAUGAACCUUCAAAACAGCAACAAGCUAAGAAGGAUUCUGUCCCAUCUUCAAAAACUAAACCUGUUACUAAGAUUGUCAAAAAAGAGAGCAGCAGUAGUGAGGAAGAUGAGGAUGAUAGCUCUGAAGAAAGUUCAGAUGAUGAACCUUCAAAACAGCAACAAGCUAAGAAGGAUUCUGUCCCAUCUGCAAAAACCAAACCUGUUGCUAAGAUUGUCAAAAAAGAGAGCAGCAGUAGUGAGGAAGAUGAGGAUGAUAGCUCUGAAGAAAGUUCAGAUGAUGAACCUUCAAAACAACAACAAGCUAAGAAGGACUCUGUCUCAUCUUCAAAAACUAAGCCUGUCGCUAAGACUGUCAAAAAAGAGAGCAGCAGUAGUGAGGAAGAUGAGGAUGAUAGCGCUGAAGAAAGUUCAGAUGAUGAACCUUCAAAACAGCAACAAAUUAAGAAGGUGAUUCAAGCAUCUAAAAAGAGCAAUAGCUCUGACUCAUCUGAGGAAUCUUCUGAUGAGGAAAGUGAAGAUGAGGAGCCACUUAAGACUCCGAAGAAGGAUAAUGAUGUUGAGAUGAAGGAUGCUAGUGUGGUUAGUGCUGAAAAACAAACUGCCACGAAGUCUGAAAAGAAAACGAAUCAAGCACCUGGAUCUCGAACACUAUUCAUUGGAAACUUGUCCUAUGAUGUUGGACAGGAUGAUGUGGCUGAAUUCUUCAAGACAGCAGGGGAAGUUGUUGAUGUGCGUCUGGCUACAGCAGAAGAUGGAAGCUUCAAGGGAUUUGGCCAUGUUGAAUUUGCUACUGAGGAAGAUGCUAAGAAGGCACUUGAAUUGAAUGGCAAUGAAUUAUUUGGUCGUGGUGUUAGACUUGAUGUGGCCCGUGAAAGAGGUUCCUAUACCCCUCAGAGUGGCAAGGAUAACUACCAAAAGGGAAGCAAAGGUCAGAGUCAAACCAUAUUCGUGAAAGGCUUCGAUAGAUCACUUGAAGAGGAUCAGGUUAGGAGCUCUCUCGAGGAGCAUUUUGGUUCAUGUGGAGAUAUUACUCGAAUCUCUGUUCCCAAGGAUUAUGAAACUGGAGCUCCCAAAGGGAUUGCAUACAUAGACUUUAAGGAUCAAGAAAGCUUCAACAAGGCGUAUGAGCUCAAUGGUUCUGAUCUUGGAGGAUACUCAUUAACUGUGGAUGAGGCGAAGCCAAGAACUGAUAAUCGUGAUGGUGGCUGGAGCGGUGGCAGGGAUGGUGGAGGUAGAAGUGGUGGGAGAUUUGGUGGAAGAGAUGGUGGCAGACGUGGUGGAAGGGGUGACCGUGGCAGGGGACGUGACUUUGGCGGCAGGGGCCGAGGCCGUGGCCGUGGCGGUGCACCAUUCAGGCCGCAAAGUGCUGGGACAGCUAGUACAGGGAAGAAGACCACUUUCGGGGAUGAUUAGUUCGAUUUGAAUCUUCUCUUAAGGUCUCCAUUUUAUCUUGUGUGCUGUGUUGGAGCAGCUCUUUUUCCUAUCGUCGAUCCAUCUUAGAUAAAUUUUACGCCCGUAUUAAAGCAACAUUUGUGCGUUCCAUAUUUAUUUUCUUUGUAGUGUAUGAGAGGUAUUGAAACUAGUUCCUGACUCAAGAGUUUAUGACUGAUAAAUUUUAUCAUAUGUUAUUUAUGAUCUUAUUUUUUUUA